GGUAACUUUUGUCGCCACCAUUUUCUCUGUAGAAGUUGUGUUGACAGGAGUCAAAGAGCAGGAUUAGCAUUAGCGGGAAAAGGUCGUUGUGCUGCAUGGAUUGUUGAGCUCUAAUGUCUCAUUUCUCCAUUUUCGUCUCAGACCUCUUCUCGUCUGUCGGUGCGUCCGUCCAGUUCGGAGACGCCCAGUGCGGCUGAGUUGGUGAGCGCCAUUGAGGAGUUGGUCAAAAGCAAGAUGGCUCUGGAGGACAGACCCAGCUCUCUGUCAGUGGAACAAGGAGACAGCAGCUCGCCCUCCUUCAACCCGUCUGACAACUCCCUCCUCUCCUCCUCCUCCCCCAUGGAAGAGAUGGAUGAACGCAGGACCAGCAUCCUCAAGAAAAGACAUCACAUUCUGCUGGAUUUGGUGGAGACAGAGAGAGAUUAUGUCAGGGACCUUGGUCUGGUGGUGGAGGGCUACAUGAGUCGGAUGAAGGAGGAGGGCGUCCCUGAUGAUAUGAAAGGGAAAGACAAAAUUGUGUUUGGCAACAUCCACCAGAUCUACGACUGGCACAAAGAUUUCUUCCUCGGGGAGUUGGAGAAAUGUUUGGAGGACCCUGACAGACUGGGACCACUCUUUCUCAAACAGGAACGGAGACUCAACAUGUACGUGGUGUACUGUCAGAACAAGCCCAAGUCAGAGCACAUCGUGUCAGAGUACAUCGACACCUACUUUGAGGACCUGAAGCAGCGGCUGGGACACAGGCUGCAGAUCACAGACCUGCUCAUCAAGCCAGUCCAGAGGAUCAUGAAGUACCAGCUGCUGCUCAAGGACUUUCUGAAACACUCUAAAAAGACUGGACUGGAGUCUAUGGAGCUGGAGAAAGCCGUGGAGGUCAUGUGCAUUGUGCCAAAGAAGUGUAAUGACAUGAUGAAUGUUGGACGGCUUCAGGAAUUUGACGGGAAGAUCGUAGCGCAGGGACGUCUUCUGCUGCAGGACACGUUCAUGGUCUCUGACCCAGAGGGGAGUCUGAUUGGCCGGAUGAAGGAGAGGAGAGUCUUCCUCUUUGAGCAGCUGGUCAUCUUCAGUGAGCCCCUUGACAAGAAGAAAGGUUUCUCCUUGCCUGGCUUUCUCUACAAGAACAGCAUUAAGGUCAGCUGUUUGGGUCUUGAGGACAAUGUGGAGAGCGAUCCCUGUAAGUUCAUUCUCACGUCUCGGUCGACCAACGGCACCGUAGAGUCUUUUGUGCUUCACUCCGCGCAUGCAGGAGUGCGUGAGGUCUGGACCCUUCAGAUCAGCCAGAUACUCGAGAGCCAACGCAACUUCCUCAAUGAGUAUCAGAGGAACCAUGUAGGGGCCAGUGGUGGCUCGUGUGUGCCCAACAUGGGAGCUCCAGGUGGAUGUUCCAGUGGGUCUAGUGCGCCUCCUGGAGUUGGAAGCUCCCAGGGUAGUUCCACCCCUUCAGGACCCCAGGGUGGCUCUCGUCGGCCCUCCAGAAUCCCCCAGCCUUCCCGCCUGCCCCAACCCCUACGCCACCACCCCGGGGCCGACCCCGAUGGCCCCAACAAGAUGUCAGGUUCUUCCCCUCGUCUUGUCCCUCCUCCCCUUCUCCCUCCAGGGGUUAGCCAACAGGGCAAGCGCCCUAGCCAGACCCCCGAGGAGCAAGCACAGACUCCCACUCCUGCCAGCGUUGUAGCCCCUAUUCCCCGUGCCACAGUUGGACCCUUGCCAUCAACACCCACUUCAAAACCACGGCCUGGAGCCGUGGCUCCUAUCGCCUCCCCACUGGCCACUCCCAGCUUUAGCAAAGACAUCCUCCCUCCUCCCCCUCCCAGCCCCGGCCAGAAGUCCGGAUCCGGAUUCUGGAACUCUAUGCCAGGCUCUCCAGCCAGCCGGCCUGGCUCGUUCACCUUCCCUGGGGAGGUAGGAGAGAGUCCAGUACGCCAGAAUUCGAACCAGAUCCAGACUGGCUCUGGAUCUGGUAGCCAAACACACAGGCACUCCACACACAGCAAGGAGGCAGACCGCAUGAGCACAUGCUCGUCUGCCAGCGAGCAGUCCAUCCAGUCCACCCAGAGUAACGGGAGUGAAAGUAGCAGCAGCAGUAGCGUAUCCACCAUGUUGGUGACCCAGGACUACAUGGCUGUGAAGGAGGAUGAGAUCAGCGUCAUUCAGAGCGAGGUCGUCCAGAUCUUGGCCAGCAACCAGCAAAACAUGUUUUUGGUGUUCAGGGCGGCCACCGAGCAAGGCCCCGCUGCCGAGGGCUGGAUCCCCGGAUUUGUGCUGGGACACACCUCGGCCAUCGUCCCUGAUUGUCCCGAGGGAUCCAUCAAGAAGUCUUCAUCGUGGCACACGUCCCUGCGCAUUCGUAAAAAAUCUGAGAAGAAGGAGACAAAGAAAGAGACCAAGCUGGAAAACGGUUACAGGAAGUCCAGAGAUGGCCUGGCCAAUAAGGUUUCUGUAAAGCUUCUAAAUCCAAACUACAUCUAUGAUGUUCCCCCGGAGUUCCUUGUACCUCUUAGUGAUGUGACCUGCGACAGUGGUGAGAGCGUCACCCUUAGGUGCAAGGUCUGUGGUCGACCCCGGGCCGCUGUCACCUGGAAGGGACCCAACCAGAGCAACCUCACCAACAAUGGACACUUCAGCAUCACCUACAGUGAUACGGGUGAAGCUACACUGAGGAUUAUUGGUGUAGCCUCUGACGAUGAUGGCGUUUACACUUGUGUUGCCACAAAUGAGCUGGGCAGUGUGACAUCCGCCGCCAGCCUCAGAGUGUUAGCUGUGUCCACUGAUGGGAUCAGAGUGAGCUGGAAGGACAACUUUGAGUCUCACUACACUGAAGUGGUUGAACUGGGAAGGGGUCGUUUCUCCGUUGUCAAGCGUUGUGACCAUCAGGGAACCAAACGUACGGUGGCGGUGAAACAAGUGAACAAGAAAUUAAUGAGGAGGGAUCGGGUGACUCAGGAACUCAAUCUGCUCCAGAGGCUCCAGCACCCCCACAUAGUCAGUCUGAUAGACACGUAUGAAACCCCCAGCAGCUACGUGCUGGUCCUGGAGAUGGCUGACCAAGGUCGUCUGCUGGACUACAUAGUGAGCUGGGGGAAUCUGACGGAGGAGAAAGUAUCCCGCUACCUUCGGGACAUUUUAGAAGCUUUACACUACCUGCACAACUGCAGGAUAGCCCACCUGGAUGUAAAAGUAAGUACUUGGACCAUGACAUGCUCCAACUGCAAGACUGUAUUAAAUGAACUAUUCAGCAUUAUGUUAAAUACACUUAUUUUCUUUCUUGCUGAGAAUUAG